GAAACAGGCGAGGCCUCAAAGACAAGACAAGUACACAAGAUGUGGUCACUUGUCAGUCUCGUUUCCCAUAAGCCGAUACACUAGAGACUGACAGAGGGACUGAGGCUGGUUUCAAAAGGUUGCGACACCAAUUUGACCAAUAUACUAACCUUCGCCGGCGGCAAUAACCGUCGAGAAAACCAGUACAACCUCGUUACCUAACAAUUCAACUACAAAUUCUGCCCAACCGUUUUUAGGGUUUAAAGCUAUAAUGGAGGUCGCCGGUUCAGACAAUCAAGGGCGCGAAUUCAAGAGCUCUGCCGAGAUGUGGAAAGAACAACUCGGCGAUGGCACCGAUUCUCACAAGAAAGUCGAUUGGUAUCGCAAUGGCGUUGGUUAUUGGCAAGAAGUGGAUGCAUCAGUGGAUGGUGUAUUGGGUGGAUUCGGCCAUGUGACCGAACCCGAUAUAAAGGGUAGUGAAGCGUUUCUUAACUCUCUUUUGUCAGACCCUUUGCUCAAUAACGGGAAUAGUCAUCGUGUUGCUCUUGAUUGUGGCUCUGGCAUUGGUAGAGUGACUAAGAAUCUCCUUAUAAGAUAUUUUAAUGAGGUUGAUCUUCUUGAGCCAGUGCCUCAUUUUCUAGAAGCAGCACGACAGAGUUUGGUGUUUGAUGGUAAAAUUGGUGCUGAUGAGCACAAAGCUACAAAUUUCUAUUGUGUUCCGCUCCAGGAGUUUACGCCUAAUUCUGGAAGAUACGAUGUGAUAUGGGUACAAUGGUGCAUUGGGCAUCUUACUGAUGAUGACUUUGUAUCUUUUUUUAAACGAGCCAAGGCUGGUCUCAAACCAGGUGGAUAUUUCAUCGUUAAGGAGAACACUGCCAGAAGUGGAUUUGUGUUAGAUAAGGAGGAUUGCAGCAUAACAAGAUCAGAUUUAUAUUACAAGGAACUUUUCAAAAAGUCUGGGCUGCAUCUCUACAAAAAUAAGGAUCAAAGAAAUUUUCCUAAAGAACUCUUUCCGGUAAAGAUGUAUGCACUAACCACAGAAGUGCCCAAGAGAAGUCGUUUGUCCAGAUGUAAACAACAUGCUAAUAGACCAAGCAUCAUCAAGUGAUGAUAUUCUUCUGUGUAAGGUGUCGAUUUUUAUGAAAGAUUUGGGUUCAAAUACUCUUUAAAUCCCUUAUUUGCACACUCCAUUGUUUGUGCAUGGUGGUGAAUUGGUGUAAGAGCUAUUGUAAGCAAAGUGCCUGUAGUGCCUGUCUUUGGAGAUGCUUUGAAAAAAUUCAUUAUUUUAGCUUCGCACUAGAACUUGUGAUAUGUUGCACAAGUAAUUGCUCUGUCAGUUUAUUUAUGUGCUUCAACCAGUGAUAUUGUUGGUCAUGUCUGAACAAGUGCUAAUUAUAUUUAGUUCUCA